AUGUCCCUCCUCACCGACUAUCGUGCCUCUGCCUCGCCUACUGUUCUCGCCAAUAUCACCAAUGCAUCUAUAGGGGCAUUCAACGACCAGGACAGAGCAAUACUCAUCCAGCUCAUUAUUGAUGAUGUAGUUGCUGCCCGGAACGGACAGGGCAGGAUUGCGUCGAAAGAUAUCGCACUUGCUCUCGGGGCUAUCAAGUCUCUUGGUAGGCUUGAAUCUGGCUCACGCGUCGUCGCUUCUGAAAAGAACUUGAGCCACUUUCUGGACAUUGCCAAAGACCUUUCCUCCAAUGCUGAGGCUUCUAAACAAGCCAUGCGGUGUAUUGCCAAUGCUAUCUUGCUUGUUCCUGCUGGUCGGGAAACGCUCGUUGACUUGGAUGGGGACGAGUUUUGCACGAGGGUUUAUAUUAACGAAGCGUCAUCUCCCGAAUUCAUCUUUUUGGCAUCUCGACUGUUAUUCUUUAUGGCUCAUACCGAUGGGUCAUUCAUCUCUCGCGUUGUGCGACAACACCGUUUGCCCAACCUCUUGGCCCAACAAAUUGAAAGUCUAGGCCAAUCCGACGCUCCAUUUGCCAAAGAUGCCCUUACAGACAUUUUGAAGCUUCAUUUCUCUGCCGUUGCCAAGUAUUCCAGAUUAGUUGGUCAUGAAUCCGGACCAGGACUAGUAUUAGGAGAGUACUGGGACGAUGUUUUCGAACCCACGGCGUCCCCACUUAUCAAACUUUUACAUACCCUUUCUUCCUCACCGUCUAACCCUAUUACAGGGAAUCUGACUUACGCAAUCCAUGCGCUUCUUAACGUCCCCGUCGCUCCUUUUGCCCAUCUUUGGUUCCCGCAAUCUCCUAAACCCAGUCGGUCGAGCUCCAGUGGUACGCAAUCGCCUAGACCCAGUUUGGACAAGAAUGGAUCACCGUUAGAAGCACACGGAAGUGGAAGUGGGAGCGGAAAUGGAAGUCCACUGUCCCGUGCAUUGAAUCUACUCAACCGCAGGUCUUCGCCUGGCCGAAAGUCCCCACCGCUGCCGACGGGAGAUUCCGCUAUUCGCGCACUUUCCAUUCUUCAGAACCUUCUCGCCUUGCACCUUCCCGGCAACUGUGACCCUGACGAUGCGGGCGUGAGGGCAGCCGCAAAAUCCAAAGGCGUGUCGUUAGACGAGGUGGGAGCGCCGAUCGCUGCUCUUGUGACGAGACUUGCUGCUGGUGAUGAUGGUGCGAGGACGAGAAUGGCCGCUGUUGUUUUGCCGCCUGAUAUGGAUCGUUCGUCUCCCCUUGAGAAAAAGGAUGAUUUCCUGGGGAGGUGUAUAAGGCUCAUGACUUCCGUCUACUAUCCUACACUAAAGGACGCAAUUGGAGAGUUGCUGUUUGUACUUUGCGGUUCAGACGGCCAAGCGCUCUCAGCAGCAAUUGGGUACGGCAACGCAGCUGGGCACCUGUACAACAAGGGAAUUAUGGCUCCUCCCCCUGCUUCGAGUGGUGGUGAUGAUAUCAACCCUAUUACCGGUACACGCGAAGCCCCCUCUGGUCCCUCUCUUUCCGAAAUGACAGACGAGGAGAAACAGCGCGAAGCUGAGAAGCUAUUCGUUCUGUUUGAUAGGAUGGAGCGUAUGGGUAUGGCCAAGAAUCCGAUUAGGGAGGCCUUCCAGAGCGGAAAGUUUGAGAAUUUACCGAAAAAGGGCGACGAUAGCGAUUAG